AUGCAAACUGAACAGCCACCAAAUCCUCUUCUUAAUAAUGUUAUAUAUGAAAAUACUCGUCGAAAAUUAUUUCGUGAUCAUUAUUUUAUUUCAAUUCAAUUUGAAAAAACUCCACAUCGUAAUCGUAUUCUAACUGAAUUUCUUCGUCAACGUGAUUCAAAACCAUUGCAAUAUCAACAAGCACGUGAAGUCGAAAAAUUAAAACGUACGUUAUUAAGUGAUUUUAUUAAUCGCGUACAACAACGUAAUACACUUAUAAUUUUACGUUUACAAAUUAUUCAAACAUAUUUAAGUUUAACUUAUAUUUUACAUCAAUUUCCAUUAACAAGUCGAUCACAUUUUAUGUGGCCAAAACAAAUUUCAUCAGCAGUAUCAACAUCAACAUCAUCACCAUCAACAAUAGAAAAAGCUGACUCAACAAUAUCAUCAUCUAUUGUAGCAGAAGAUAAAACUAAAAACGGUUAUCAACAUAAACCGAAAAUAUUAUUUAAUGCUGAUGGUUCAGAACUUAUAAAUCUAUGGUAUAUUCCAUCAUUUCUUGAACAAUUAAAUAUAUUUAAAGGUAUGAAACUUGAUACAAAUGAAUUACAAAAACGUUUACAAAAUUUUUUACGUAUUAUAUUAUCAUUUAAUGAUCUUAUUCAUAUUAUUGUUGGUUAUGCACAAUUAAAUAGCCUAGCAGCAAAUGCUGAACAACGAUUUAGUGAUCGUACAAAUGAAUUAUCAACAUUUGAUCAAAGUGGAGAAUUUGCAUCUGAAUUACAUGAAAUUCAACGUGAAAUUCAUUCAUUAUCAUCAACAUCAUUAUCAACAAUAGCAAAUUUAUUAGAAACAAAAAGACGUUUAACAAUAUUUCAAAUUUAUUUUUCAAUAGCAUAUCUUAUUCCCAAUUGUUUUCUUAAAGGAAAAAAUCAGUCUGCAUUUAAUAUUGUAAAUUCACAAUCACAACCAAUUCUAAAACAAUUUAUUGGUAAUUAUGAUUGCUAUCGACCAGUUUAUUUAUUUUUACCUAAUCCAUUAUUAACUGAACAAUCAUCAGCAAAAAAUUUUUAUCCAUGGACAGUUUAUGAAUAUCGACAUAAUAUAAAUGCUAAAAGACUUUGGUGGGCAAAAUAUUCAUUAAUUGAUUUAAUACAUUCAUGUUUAAUUGGUUUGAAACCACAAGAAUUAGCAUUAGCAAAUACAGAAUAUGUUUCUACACAAAUUAUGCUACAAAAUAUCGAUGAUAUUGUUAAACCAAAAAUAACAGUCAACAAUAUGAAAGCUAUUCUACGUCAAAAAGAGGCACCUACGGAUGAUUAUCUUUCAAAUUAUUUACGUCUUGAACUUUAUAUUAUCGAAUGUAUUCGUUUUGAACUUGUUCGAAAUGCUUGGUGUACAGCUAAAUUAAAUGUAACAUCAAUAAAUACAGUAAAAAUUUUUGAUGAUGGAUUUAUGAGUUAUCGUGAUGAAAUUCGUAGUCAAAUCUUACGACAAUUAGCAAUAGCUAUUGGAUAUAGUAAUUUUUAUAACGAUUUUCCAGUAGCUCUUAUUACUGGACAAUUAGCACCAAAUGUAACUGAAUAUGAAUAUAAACAUGCAUUAAUAAUAAGACUAUUAAUGGAACUUGAAGCAAAAUUUAUGAUGAAUGAUACGUUAAAAGUUUUAAAACGAGAACGAACAUUAGUAUUAUCGGAAAGACUUCGAGAAGAAAGUAGUAUACCAACAGAUUUAUGGAAAAAACAAACAUUUGCAGAAAACUUCUCCGUAUUACGACCACAUAUAUUAGAUGAAUUUGUUAAAUUAUUAUCUGAUUAUGAAUAUAAAGAUGAUCAAUCAACACCAAAUUCACCUGCUGUUAUUGACAAUUCUAAAGAUCAAGAUGGUACAACAGUUUCCACAAUCUCUUCGAAUUCAUCUCAAUCUCCAGAUAUUUAUUGUAUUCGUCGAAGUGAUUUACAAUCAUGUUUAAAAGAAAUGGGUAGUCGUGUAAUGCAACGUGAACGUGAAAAUUUUUCAAGUUAUAGUACUUAUUAUGAAAAUAUUCUUUAUAAUAUACGUCAAACAAUGAAUAUACGUGAAAAUGAAUUAAAAUCACUUCGUGCACAAGUACAAGAUCAACAAUAUACAAUUGAAGUUGAAGCACAAUUAUUAACACUUACCGCUUAUUUUGAUUUAAUAACGGAAUUAAUACGAAUACGUUCAGUAAAUUCUCAAUUACAAAAUGAUAAACAAUUUCGUUUUGAUAAAGAAUUAAAUCAAAUACGUGAAAAUUUUCAUAUAAAAACACAAAAAUUAUUAGAAACAAAUCUUCAACUUCGUACAGAAUUUGAUAAAUAUCGUGAAGAAUUAUUUCAAAAUACAAUAACAAUUGUUAAAGAAAUCCGUCCAAAAAUUCAUGAAUUAGCACGUACAAAAUUAUCAUCCGAUGCUAAAGCAAUAUCACAAGAACAACGUCAUCUCCAAUCAAAAGUUUUAAAUGAUUUACAAAAUGAAAUACAUGAUACACGAUUAAAACAAUUAGAUGAACGAAAUGAAACUGAACGUGAAUGGCGUCGACGUGAAAUUGAAUUAGAAAAAACCAUUGCACAUUUACAAUAUGAAUUAAAUCAUCAUCAAAAACGUUAUGUUUAUAAAACAACUAAACAAGUUGAAGAAAUUCAAACAUUAAAAAAAGCAAAUAAUUAUUUACGUAAACGUAUAACAAUUAAUGAAGGACAAUAUAAGAAAAUAUUUGAAACAGAAAGUAAAACAGAAAAUAAAGCGAAUAUUGAACGUAUUAGUGAUUUACGUCAAGCAUUAAAUCAAAAUCAAAUUAUUGAAACAAAAUUACGUUGUAUGGAAGAAAAAAGUCAUCAAUUAAUAUUAAAAGAUCAUGAACUUGAAAAGAAAACAAGUGAAUAUGAACGUGAAAAUCAAGCUAUGCGUUUAGCACAAACAUAUGUUAAACGUGAUUUAAUACAAACAAAGAAGAAACUUGAACAAGAACGUUCACUUAAAAUUGAUGCUUUUCAUCAAGUUGAAACAUUACGAACAAAUUUAAAUGAAAUUGAAGAAGAAUUUGAGCAAGUUGUUUUAAAUGAUGGAACAAAUAGUUUAUUAUCACCAUCAAUGGUUAUACAACCAUCACGUACAACAGUAUCAGCACGACCAGUAACACCUUAUCAAAUACUUUUAACACGUAAUCGUCCAAUGACAUCAAAUACAAUUUAUCAACGUGAUAAACAACAGCAUCCACGUCUUCCCAAUUCACGUUCACGUAUUUAUUCAUCAACAACAUUUAAACGACCACAAACAGCUAAUGUAAAUAUUGAAAAAAUUACACCAUUAACAGAAGAACUUUUAUCAAAUCUUGGUGUAUCAACACAACCAACAACAACAACAUCAUCAUCAAUUAGAAUAUUACGAAUUAAAAGUGCUAAAACUUAA